AUGGACAAAACGAGAGAGAGAAACUCUCGAGCGACCGGAUCGGACGUGGAAGAAUCCGAGGGUUACAAACAAACCCCCUUCAAUCCCUCUCAAUUAUACACCAUCCUCGAAGACCCGGUCGUACCCAAGACUAUGAGAUCUUACUCUAUGUCUUCGACCACAUCACUUUCCUCUGCCGCCUCAACCGGAUCGCGUACUGCCGAGGAUCUGCUCGACCGUUUGGUAGCUCAGUCCACUUCCACCCACAUCCAUCUGUGGGCCGCGGGUAACGUUCGACUUGGUUCUCUGGACCUCACCACUUCGUCCGCUGAGACUGCCGAGUUAGUCAGAGCUAUGCAAGUUGAUCCGAGAUUUGAAGUCAUCGCUGUGCGCCAUCUCGACGAUGACGGUGAAGACUGGAAGGUCACUUUCCGACGAACAGAAACCCUCCCUCAUUCUCCUUAA